ACGGCGCUAGGCAGUGUGCCGUCGUGACGGGAAAAUGGCAGUAGUCGUUAUUGUCCGAAGGUGCAUACUCGUGAUCAGCUGAUCGAACGAAACGUGAGAUGAAGUAAAUGAAAUAUCAAAGACGACUACUGCCAUAACGAUUCAACGUUCACGAACGUUUUCGCCAUUCAAACAUCCAGUGUUAAUUUAUAAAAAUACAAAUAAUUCGAAGCUCGCCUCUCAUCAGGCUUUUCAAAUAAUCGAAUGAAAAUUAACCCACGUACGAAUUUAUCCACGAGAUUCGUCAUCCAUGACGCGUUUGUGCACCCACGGAUGUUCCAUUGUUGAAUCUAAUCGUUGCUCAUCAGUCGUAACACUCAUGUUCGAUCUCUCGCGUCUGCCUCCUCUCGUACGUGUACAUGUGCGCGUAUGCAAGGGAACACGCGAAAAUCGCAACUAAAAAAGGGUACAUAAAUGUGUUGCAACCAUGCCAGCGAGGAAGUACCGAAGGGAUACGAGUGAAGUUAGCUGUUGUCUGAAAUAUGUGAUCUUUGGAUUUAACGUCUUGUUUUGGUGGGUCGGCUUAGGGAUCAUGGCAGUGGGUGUAUGGGCCUGGAAGGAGAAGGACACCUUCAACAAUCUCUCACGCCUCACAAACGUCGCCCUCGAUCCAGCAUUCAUUCUCAUUCUAGUCGGUACGGUGACAUCCAUUAUUGGAUUUACGGGGUGUGUUGGUGCACUCAGGGAAAAUACGUGCCUCCUCGCUGCGUACGCAAUAUUUCUGGCUUCGUUGCUGUUGUUGGAAAUGACAGUCGGUGUUUUAGGCUUCGUGUUCAAAGAUUGGAUUAAAUCGCAAGCGACGGGCGGAUUUCAAGCCUUCAUCAUCCAUUACCGCGAUGAUCCUGAUCAACAAAACCUUAUCGAUUGGAUCCAAGAGGACUGGUUGCAGUGUUGCGGGAUCGAAGGGCCAAAGGACUGGGAUCGUAAUAAUUAUUUUAAUUGCUCGUCUAGCGAGAUCGGUUCGAGCGAAGCCUGCGGGGUGCCUUUCAGCUGUUGCAAACGGGAACCCAACGAAAUCACCAAAAACAAGCAGUGUGGAUAUAACGUUAGGAAGCCGGGCAACCCAGCGGAGAGGAGUAUAUUUGAGAGGGGUUGCCUGAGGGCAGGGGAGGAAUGGCUAGAAUUGAACCUCGUACCGGUCGCUGGUACGGUCGUCAGUACAAUGGUUCUCCAGAACUCCGAUGUUACGAUUCAUGAAAAAGGAUGCAUACAGGCGGGCGAAGAGUGGAUGGAGAGAAACCUGCUUGUUAUUGCCAGCAGUGCUGUCGGAAUGGCAUUUGCUCAGAUUCUUGGCAUAUGUUUCGCACAAAAUUUGCGAGCGGACAUAUUUGCUCAAAAGGCAAAAUGGCACUGACAAUCAAGAGCCCCCACGGCAGUCUAGCAUCUCGUAUUAAUGAAUGCUGAUCGACCGCGUUGAUUUGAAAAUGAGGUUGAAAAUCGUCGAUGCUAAUGCGCUGAAGUCCCACGUAAGAGGACUGUUAGUGGGUGGAAGAAUCGACGAGAGACACGCUAUUUUGUAACCGGAAGACGCGCCUCGGAGGGAAGACACCAAGGGGUUGGGCUGGUGGCAGACAAACGAAGGAGGAUCAAUGCGGUGACGACGUUUGCGAAAGUAUGGAGAAACGUCUGUGAGUGAGAACGAGAGAGAGAGAGAGAAUGAAGCUUUGAUUGUUCAACGAAGCUUGUGGAAAAGCGACGUUCCAACAAAGCUGAAUGAUAGGGAAUGCUCUGCAUCGGAGAACACAAAAGGCACACAUGAAUAUUUACUUGGAACUUGCUACUGUAACAUUUUUUCUGAGACCAUUCAAACCUCUUCGUAAAUAUUUGUGUAAUGAGUACAGCUGGAAUCAUAGGAUCAAAACUUGUAUUCCGUCCAACAGAUCGGAUGAUUAGCGAGGAAAAAAUGUUUCAGUUAAAUCAACCACAAAAGCGAGUUUUCUCCAUGACGUUGUAACUAUUUUAAAAAAUUCAAGUAACUCACAUCAAUCUUACGAAAUGAUCAAUUAGCUUGUACGGUUGUUCGUAACUUCACUCAUCGAGCGACAGAAUUUCAAACUGAUGAUGCCCAUUUUACAACUGGAUGACUUUGGUUCGAAAAUCAUUGAGGGAAAAUCGAAUUGCGAAAAGUUGUCACUCAUUUAUAAUUCUCUGCAUCGUUCCUCGUUUACUCACAUCGUAAAGCUCAGAAAAUCCGAAUCCUUAAAGAUCUACGAUUCGUAAAUAAAUUUCAUUAGGACCGACCUUCAUUACUAUCGUUCUCCAAGGUCAGAAGCUGUCAGUUCUCCGAUGCAAAUGUAAGUGGUUCAUUUUUUCAUGGGUGUCAAAGGCAAAUUCCUCACACAAUUAGACGUGACGAAUUCGUGCUUCGAGGUAAUCGAGCUCUUGUUCGAAAGGUUGGACGGUUUACGAGAGAGCAGGUGUCAGACCUUAAGUUGAUGAAGACGCGGUGGAGUCGUGGGGGCGCAGCGAAGUGUGGCCGACUUUGUUGCUAAACUUAACUCGUACCAGUCGAGCAAAGGCUAUUACACACAAGUGUGAACGGAAUUUAGUGAGUUAAGGGAUGCGAGGGCGAAGGAGGUAGAAAACUUUGCGUCACUUCAAUCGCGCGAUAAAUUGGUUGCUCGCAGCUCUCUGGAUGGUAUCGAUUUUCGGAAAAGCCGUGGGAACCGAUAUGAACGGCCAAUGAAACGCGAUGGUUCAUCAGCCUCAGAAAAAAAGAACUUUUACAUUUUCGUUCAUUAUUUUCCAUUCAAUCAAUUUCCCUCACGAAUAUACACACAAUUCGCAUCAUCGAAAGUAACGAGUUUCUCGUACUAAAAUUCUAGCUGAGUUGAUAAUAUCCAUUUUCAAACUUUUCCGAGUCCCCUCGAUCGAGAGACGUAAUGGGCCAGUCAGAUUGAAAUUUCGACAUCUGGUCGGGCUGUCAAGAUAUCAAAUGGAUUAAAUAAUGGAGCUUCCAAUGAGCCCAGGCAAAGUUACUGCAGUUUCGAACUUCGGCGUAUUUGAUUGAUUGAGCUCUUCCGGGAAUAACCGUAGUCAGGGGACGGGGUCGUGCUAUUGUUCGUUUUAAGAGAAAAGCAUAUUUCCAUUUGAUUUUUGCACUCGCGCGCACACAGCACUUUGUUCCUCAACGAAUUUCCAUUCACGAGGCUUUUCGAGGCUCCAACUUAUUUUAAAAUAAAUCAAAAUUUAAUCAAAAAUAAGUCAAAAUUUCUGAGCUGAAUAUUUCGCUAUAACGGUCAUGAAACUUGUGCUUUUAAGAUUCACUGAGUUUUUCGGUCUGUCAUCUGGUAUAGGAACAUUUUCGAUAAACAAUCCCCCAUUUUCUGACCAAACUGCGCACCGAUUCGCGUACUCCAGUAACUAAUAUCUGGGCCACAUUGAAGCUCGCCCUUCAAAGCGAGGCAAAUAGCCGAUUACGUGGAACUCCAAGUUCGAAGGAAACUCUUGAAACCGGUCGAAGUAAUCAAACUGCUAUUUCCGCAACCCGCUCCGAUCUCUCGUAGCACUAAAUCAUACAUGAAACUUGUUUGGACCAUUGCAAUAAAGCGCAGGUUGAUUACGCCUAUCAAUGGAUGCCGGAGAUUCCAAUGCCCAAAUUCUGCUUCAUACUUUACUCGGAAUAAUCUAUGACGGAAAUGAAAAUCUAUUUGAUCCUUUGAACAGUCACAUUUUUACUGAUUAAUUUCACAACGAAAACGUCAAAUGUUGAUUCCGAUUUUCAGAAACUCGAAUUUAUGCCAUUUUGUGAAAAUACCAAUUAUCGGAACCUUGCGAUGACAAAUUUUACAUACUUUCGUAUACAUUUAAUAGAAAUUUUCAUUUUUUUCUAUCGUCUGUUUUAUAAUAUUCCAUUUAAGUAAAAAUAUUGCUUCCCCUGGAUCGUUCAAAAAAUUCGAAGGAACGUUUCUGUAGCAUCUCAUCGGUUGAAACGACAAACCAAUAUUAUGCUCGUACUCGUAUAGUAAAUAUUAUUCUCCUUUUUGGUAUAUCAAAGUCGAGACGAAAAGAAAAAAAAAAAUUGGCGACAGUCUUCAAGAAUGUUUGAAACUAAGAAAAAUAACUUCUGGUUUUUGUCGCUUCCACAAUUAUGAUAUGAGAUCGAUAAAACUUGAAAACUAAUCAACAGCCUUUUUGUCCGGGCUGCUUUUGUGUGAAAUAUGAAAGAAAGGUUUUUAAGAUGGAAGAGCAAUAUUUGAGUCUUGGAUAAGGAGCUCUCAUCGGCCUUCGGCGUAUUCAAUGUUUUAAUUAAGGCGAUUUAAUGACUUCGUUAAACGAGCUUUUUUCGGUGUUUUUUAAAUAUUUUUUUUUCUGUGGCUGGACAGAACCAGAGUGUACAAUAGAGAAGAGAAAAACUGGUCGAUAUAUUCUUCGGUCGGAUGUUUGAAAAAUUUUCAUUGAAAUGGCCGUUGUUAACUUUCUCUGUAGAACUCUCACAAUUUCUGAGACGAGAUUAGUAUCGCAUCGGCGAGAUGGACACUAAAAGAUGCAGCGAUUGAAUGUGCAAUAAAAUAUUUUUCCGAAAAUGAGUGCUGAAGGAGCAUUGGCGGAUUAGGGGAGUUGCGAAAUUUUGUAAUAUAAGGGAACCCAAAUUCGUUGAGGGUUUUAAAAGGGAUAAAAAUACGUCUUCAAUCCGAUCGGGAAACAAUUGAGCCUUGGAAUUUGAUUAUGUAUUUACCGACGGUGUCCUCGACUGGAACAUUCCAAACGUGUUCAGAAAGCGAUUCCAUUUAUGGAAAACGAGAAUCUCCAUGUUUUUAUUCCCUCGUGACUAUUUAUAAUUAUUGAAAAAUUGAGUUUUUGCAUUCGAUGAAUCGAAUAUUCUUCGAUCACCUCACUAUUCCAUUGAUUCAAAAGCAGUCAUUAAUGAUAAGACUUCAACAUUGCAAAAAUAAUGAACUCAAUGUUUACGCGCCGAAAAAAUAGUGAGCUUUCAGCCGUAAUUUCAUAAUGUUGAUUCGUGAUGUUAUAUAGUUAUAAGUUGCUGAAUUAAUGGAGUAACAAUAAUAAUCUACGGAGGCGUCGUUGACGCUCAAUUUUUGUAAUAAUGGGUUUAGCAAAGGCUGUGUACAAUUACAUUGAGUAAAAAAUCGUUCUCAGCCCAGUAAAUGCCUCUUGAUUUUCAUCCAAAAAAUGAAAUAAUCGUCAAACUUUUCUAUGAGUUUUCCAAAACCCAAGUGAACGCAGCUCUAGCUGCGAGUGAAAAAAGAUAUUUUUUAAUGAACUUCAAAGAAGAACAAGGUCUCUGAGGUUUUUCUUGAGUUCAAAAUCACGAAAAAAAAUUGCCCGCUAAACCCAAUACAAUCUGACAGUGAAAGAUCAUUCCAUUGCCAAAUUGUAUUAUUUUUUUUCUCAAGCCGAUAUGUCGACCUGCUUCGAUAUUCUCGCAGUGGCUAUUCCGCACCGGAGAAUAUACGGAUCACGUGACAUAGAAAAUGAGUUUACUUUCAAAAUAAAGAAUAAAGUAUUCACGGCUGUUGCUUUAUCAGCCAGCACAAAUAUUUCAAAGUUGACUCAUUUUUUGCCCGCUACAAGAACUUUGUCAAAUAUUUUCAUCUUUAUUCCAAUUGCAUUCAUAUUCCGAUAGCCGAAUUACUGCCGAUUUUCUAUUCGAAAAGAUAAAAAAAAUAUGAAAUAUAUCUUCGCAUUGAAUGAACUUUCCAACAAUUGCCAUGAAUUCUGACAUAAUUUUACACUCCGACGCGCGAUUCGAGGCUCAUGUGAUUGAAAAUGACAUUGGUGCAAUUUUUCGUAAGCUGCUGCCACGCACUGAAACGAGAAAAAAAUUCUCCGUCGAACUAAAUUCGAUUGUGUCUGAUGGACCCAACAAAUAUUUUCAUGUUGAACAUCAACGGCGUACUUUUUUUGAGCCUUUCCCAUUUCGAUAUCAAAUUUAGUUCGAUGAUCAAAUGUUUUUUGUUCAGUGAACGAUCAUGAAAUUGUAUUUCGUUGAUUGACGCAGAAAUGAAAAAAAAAAAACGAAAUGAAUCGAGUGAGCAAUGUGUGGAUCGCAAGGUUAUUUUUAGUUUCAUUAAUUCAUGUUUCAAUGGAACAAACAUGACGGAGAUGUAUGUACAGCAAAAGUUGAGUGCUCUGUGGUCCAAUGGAAACUAUUAUGUAUAAAAACAUUGUCACGUUCUUUAUGAAUAUUGUUUUGUUAUGCGACCUCCAUGGCUGUAUGGAGAAACGAGAAUGCCAGAAAAUCGUUACGAACGAUCAAUUCGUUGAUUUAGACGCGAGGUAAUUCCUCGAUAUCGAUGUUUAUAAUUUAUCGAAAAUUCGAAUUUGCAAAGAUUCUUAAAAGGAUUAUUCCGAAGCAUUUCAAAUUAUUUCAAACGACAUUCCUCGAGACGUCUAGACUUUGAAUUCGGAAUUAUGCAAAGCUCGUUAAUGUCAAAUAAUAUUGGAAACUGAUAUCUAAAUUUUAAGUCUAAAUUUAUUUUCGAUUAGGAAAUAGAAUUCAAUCCUGUGACGAAAAUCAAUUUCAAAUUCUCUAUUCGUGUAAGUUAAAGUAUUAAUUGAAAUUCGAAUCGUCGAAUCAAAUUCGAGGAAUGUUGUAUUAUAAAAUAAUUGCGACAUGCCUCAUCAGAGCUCCAAUUUUGUUCACGAUUCGCAACAAAAAAACCUUUGGUUUUUCGCCUCGUAAUAAAGACGACGUUUACACAUUUACUUUGGUUUGUUUAUUUGUUUUUUUUUGCCAUUUUUAUUGCGUUUUUUUUAUCAGUUUGAACGCGAUUUCUGGAAUGGAGAUUAAGUGAGCUAUGUAUACGUAGAAAAAUACAGCUAAUUGGAAAUGCAACGACUGGGACGUAAAAAAUAAUGAUUUUUCUGGGAACGCACAUGUUGCCAGAUUCCGAUGGAACAACUGCCACUAUUUUUACGCAAGCUAUUAUUUCUUUUUCUUUGUCACGAUACAUUAAUUCUUUACUUGCAUGUUUCUAACAGAAUGCAAGUAAUGAAAAAGUAAAAGAUUAGAUGAUCCCGAGAAUUGUGUAAAUAUUGUAUAUUCGUUUGUAAAGAUACGAUAUAUUUAGGACUCGAUUAAUUGUUCGACCAAAAUUCCAUAAAAAGCAAAAAAAAAAAGAAAACGAUUGGUUUGUAAUAUACAGCUUUGAUCCAGUGAUGUGUAAUUAUUCUCUCCGUGUGUAGAUACGCCGAAAUCCCGGAAUCAGCACUCACAGAAUCACGUUAUUCUGCAACGAUACUUUUGCAAACGAUUGAAUAAUGUUCUGCCCAAAUAACUACUCUGUAACCAAGUUCCCCAGUGGUUGAAUUGGAGGUCCGAAAUUGUCAUUUUAGAUUAGAGUUAUAAUAAUAAUGGUAAUUUAACACUAAAUACUACUGGCCAGCUCGGAAAUGUGACUCGACGAAGCCUCUCCUUUGCUGAGCACUGUUUGACCGACAGUAGAAAUCUACUUCAAGUUCUCAAAAUAUUACGAACGAAAAAUUCAAUUCCGUUGAUUAUUGUGCCAAACCAGUUUGUGAAAACGACUCCAUUUUUAGUUUUUCUCGUCACAAUGGUCUGCGAUCCAAGAAAAAUGGAAGAAAUAACAUUUUAUAUGAUUCUCUCGUGUAAAUGAUCGUAAUUGAAAAAUUUCAAGAAUCAUGCGUGACCAUCGUACGCACUCCAGAAAGAAAAUCAAUUGAACAAAUAUAAAGUCAUUUUGGAGAUGGAAAAGGAAAUAUAUAAAUGUACAUACUCGUGUAUAUUGAGUUCCUGUCUUGACUGAGGAGCCGGCGCUAUCAAACGAAAUGAAAAAGAAAUUUGUCCGUUCACUCCCUUCCAAUACCGUAAUCGUGAAUUUUUAUUACCGGAUCACAACGCAGUAGUUAUUGUAUUGAAAAUUUUUUCAACGUGUCGACAUUAGCAGCAUAAAAAUGCUGUUUUUAUUACUAAAAUUUCAAAUCCAAGUUCAAAUAUUCGCAGCUCAAUCAAUUGUGUCCUUAUGUUAUCGUGAAAGAGCCCUUUGAUCAAUCUUUGUACCAAAUUUCGAACAGAAGUUGAAAAUAAAGUUUUGAACGACUCAUCACUUGAUACGCUACAGAACUUCAACCACAGCUGUUACUCGUCCCUAUAAUUCGAUUACUUUAACCGUCACCAAAACUAUAAAUGUCUGUCGAAAUAUAUAAAUAUGUAAUAUAAAUACAUUCAUUAGGUAUUCAUAAGUGAAUGUUAUAAUUGAUGAUUGUAAAUAUGGCCAUGUACUUUUAAUAUAUCUAUCGGGAAUGAUUGUAAUGUUUUUAUGGAAAAAUAAAUAUUUAUACGUA